CGGAGUCCGGCGGGAGCGUCGCGAGGCGGACGAGGUCACAGGACAUGGAGCCACCCACGCAGGAGCCGCCCGUGGACUGGAGGGAGCGUUGCGUGGCCUUGGAGGCGCAGCUGCUGCGGUUCCGCGCCCAGGCCGGCAAGAUCCGCCAGCUCCUGGCCGACAAGAUGCAGCAGCUUGAGAGGCAAGUUGUGGACGCGGAGCGGCAAGCAGACAAGGCGUUCCAGCAGGUACAAGUCAUGGAAGAGAAAUUAAAAGCAGCUAACAUUCAGACCAGCGAAUCAGAGAUGCGGCUGUACCGCAAGUGCCAAGAUCUGGAGGCCCUGAUCCAGGAGAGGAAUGACGCCAUCCAGAGCUUGGAGCGGCAGCUGGAGGAGCAGAAGCAGAUGAGGAUACAAGAAGCUAAAAUAAUAGAAGAGAAAGCCGCUAAGAUCAAAGAAUGGGUGACCGUGAAGUUAAACGAGCUGGAACUGGAGAAUCAGAAUCUUCGUUUGAUCAACCAGAACCAAACGGAAGAGAUCAGAAUAGCACAGGCAAAGCUCCAAGAGGCGGAGGGGAAGAAGCCGCCCACGGCCUGCACGCCUGGACUGUCGGAGGGCCAGCGCCUCAGCGGCCUGACCUUCGGGUGCUUCCCGACCCGGGCCAGGAGCCCCUCUCCGGUGGACACGGCUGAGCGUGGCGGCAGGAUGUCACCCACGGAGCUCGGGUCCCCCGAAGGAAAAGACGUGGAAGAGAUGGAGAUCGCAGAGAAGCCUGCUGAGGACCCCGUGCAGGGGGACGGGCGAAGUCCGAGGGCAGAAGUGAGCCGGGGUGGGCGGGCAGGCUCCCUGGGCCGCGGCCCCUCCCCCAGCUCCGUGGCUGCCGCUAGCGAGUGCAGCUCAGACGAGGACGACGGGGCGCUGGGGCGCGAGUCCAGCCGCACGUCGGAGGAGGGAGCCCGGAGCGGCCGGCUGGGCAGCGAGCCCUACUGGACAGCGUCCGACGACAGCAGCUCCGUGUUCGAGGAGGAGACCACGGGCCCCGCGAGGCCGGGCCACGGGAAGUUGUUCUCCUGGCAGCAGGAGGCCAAGUGGCGCGCCCAGAGCACUGCGGCGUCGGCCGCGGCCAGGAAGGAGCGCGAUAGCUCCUCGGACGAGCUGGACAAGAGGUUCCGCUCCCAGCGGCUGGACUACUCCUCCUCCUCGAGCGAGGCCAACACGCCCAGCCCCAGCCUGACCCCAGCGCUGACCCCCAGGCACCCGGCCAGGGCUCCCGGGAGGGGAGCCGUGGCCAUGCCCUCCUUGGGUCUGCCGCCCCCGAAGCUGCGACCCCCAGCUGUGCCCAGCCUGAGCAUGGCACUGGCCAGGAGGCACCUGAGCCAGCCACAGCUGAGCUCCGACAGAAUGUUCGGCGCCAACAGAAAUGCCAUCAGCAUGGUUCGACCGCCCCGACCCCAGGAGACAGACCUGGACCUGCUCGAAGACCAUGGCAGAGACACUGUGGACAGCAGGGACUCAAGCUGUGACCAGGCCUCCUGCCGUGGCUCCCAGGAGUCCCCCGGCUCUGAUGAGCUGCCACUGGGGGUCUGUGGCACCCCGCCCACCCCCCCACUGCACCGCUUCCCCUCCUGGGAGAGCAGGAUUUACGCUGUCGCCAAGACGGGCAUCCGGAUGUCUGAGGUCUUGAACCCAGAGACGGUUCACAAACAUGGGGCUGCGCCUCUGGCCUGCAGCACCUCUGGCCUCUACACCGGCCUUGUCUACGGGAAUGUGACGGCGCCUGUGUACACAACCUUGAAAGGGAAGGCGACUCUGAUCAGCAGUGGCCCCUUCCUGGACGACUCCUCGGGCUCUGAGGAAGAGGACAGCUCGCGGUCCAGCUCACGCACGUCAGAGCCGGCCAUGCGCGGACGCGGUGGGCCAGGCAGCCCCAGGGCCGUGAAGAGAGGUGUGUCUGUGUCGCCCGUGCCUUCUGAGAGCGACUACGCCAUCCCCCCAGACGCCUACUCCGUGGACCCCGAGUGCUCGCAGCCCGAGCAGAAGCUCCUGCGGACCUGCCCCUCCGCCAGCGACGCCGGGAAAAACGAGCCCCUGGAGAAGUCCGGCUACCUGCUCAAGCUGAGCGGCCGGGUGCGGGCCUGGCGGCGCCGCUGGUUCGUGCUGAAAGGCGGGGAGCUGCUCUACUACAAGUCCCCGAGCGACGUCAUCCGGAGACCCCAGGGCCACAUUGAGCUGGGCGCCUCUUGCAGUAUUGUGAGGGGGGAGAGCAAGCAGACCGUCCAGCUGGUCACGGAGAAGCACACGCACUACCUGACGGCCGACUCGCCCAACCUGCUGGAGGAGUGGCUCACGGUGUUGCGGGCGGCUGUGCGCGUGCAGGCGGCCAGCCCGCCCCCCCUGCAGCCGGAGGGCAAGCCCACGCUCAAAGGGCUGCUCACCAAGGUCAAGCACGGCUACUCCAAGAGGGUCUGGUGCUCGCUCGUCGGAAGCACGCUGUUCUACUCCCGCAGUCAGGAGGAGAAGUUUCCACUCGGUCAGAUCAAGCUCUGGGAGGCGAGGGUGGACGAGGUGGACCGGUCCCGCGACUCGGAUGAGGACUACGAGGCCAGUGGGCGGAGUGUGCUCUCCACGCACUUCACCAUCGGGAUCCACCCCAAGGACCAGGGGCCCACGUACCUGCUGAUCGGGUCCAAGCACGAGAAGGACACGUGGCUUUAUCACCUGACCGUGGCGGCCGGCUGCAACAACGUCCGUGUUGGCUCGGAAUUCGAACAACUCGUCUGCAAGUUGCUGAACAUUGACGGGGAGGCGGGAUCUCAGAUAUGGAGGCACCCGAGCCUGUGCCACAGCAAAGAAGGGAUCGUCUCCCCGUUGACGACACUGCCCUCAGAGGCUCUGCGGACAGAAGCCAUUAAGUUGUUUAAGACCUGCCAGCUCUUCAUCAGUGCCGCUGUGGACGCGCCGGCCAUCGACUACCACGUGUCCCUGGCGCAGAGCGCCCUGCAGGUGUGCCUCACGCACCCCGAGCUGCAGGACGAGCUCUGCUGCCAGCUCGUCAAGCAGACGCGGUGGAGGCAGCCACAGAGCCCGCCCGGGCCCCUGCAGGGCUGGCAGCUGUUGGCACUGUGUGUCGGCCUCUUCCUACCCCACCAUCCUUUCCUGUGGCUGCUGCAACUGCACCUCAAGAGGAACGCAGACCCCAGGACGGAGUUCGGAAAAUACGCCAUUUACUGCCAGCGCUGCGUGGAGCGGACGCAGCAGAACGGAGACCGCGAGGCGAGGCCGUCGCGGAUGGAGAUCCUGUCGGUGCUGCUGCGGAAUCCCUACCACCACUCGCUGCCCUUCAGCGUGCCCGUGCACUUCCCCAACGGCACCUACCAGGUGGUCGGCUUCGACGCAUCCACCACCGUGGGGGAGUUCCUGAGCACACUGAACCAGCACUCCGGCAUGCGGGGGUCCGCGCAGUCGGGGUUCGCCCUGUUCACCGACGACCCUUCCGGCAGGGACAUGGAGCACUGUCUGCAGGGCAGCGUCAAGAUCUGCGACAUCAUCUCCAAAUGGGAGCAGGCGUCCCGCGAGCAGCAGGCCGGGAAGUGGGAGGGCUCGCGGACCGUGCGGCUGACGUACAAGAACAGACUCUACUUCGCCAUGCAAGCUCGAGGAGAGACGGAGAGGGAGAAGCUGCUGCUGGCCUACCAGACCAACGAGCAGGUCGUGCAGGGCCUCUUCCCCCUGAGCCGGGAGCUGGCGCUGGAGAUGGCGGCUCUCUUGGCACAGGUAGACGUUGGGGAUUUUGAAAGACCUUUGUCAACUCCAGCUGACCAGAUUCCAAAUCACUGCAAAGCGAAUCAGACUCUGCGACAGGUGCUGGACAAGUUCUACCCGCGUCGGUACAGAGACGGCGCCUCGGAGGACCAGCUGCGGCAGCUUUGCCAGCGACUGUCCAGCCGGUGGACGGCCCUUCGGGGACACAGCGCGGCCGAGUGUGUGCGCAUUUACUUAACAGUGGCCAGGAAGUGGCCUUUCUUUGGUGCCAAGCUGUUCCCGGCAAAGCCUGCAGCUGCUUUGUCUCUGGGAAGCACCAGCACGUGGCUGGCUGUCCACGAGGAUGGAGUGAGCGUCUUAGAACACGGCUCCCUGCGGCUGGUGGUCAGCUACCUCUACAAGGACCUGAUCACUUUCGGGGGCUAUCAGGACGAUUUCAUGGUGGUCAUCAACAACUCCCACUCCAAGGACAAGCCCACCGAGACCCUCCUCUUCGCCAUGGCCAAGCCCAAGAUUCUCGAAAUCACCCUUUUGAUCGCCAGUUACAUAAACCACUUCCACCAGCAGAAGGCCAUGCUCCAUCGCCUCUCGGCCCCAGCGCUGCUGUCCGCCUCCGGCCAGGGUGCCCAGCCGCUCCCGGCCAGCAGCAGACCUGCCAAAGGCCCCACUUUGCUCUGA